GCCAUCCCUUACCUCUCACACGCCACCCUUACCUCUCACACGCCACCCUCACCUCUCACACGCCACCCUAGCAGGCCCUCACAUGCACGCAUAUGUACGCCAGUACGUAUAGGCUGGUUUUGUCAAGUGCGGUGAUGUGGCCGAUUAGUGCAUAGGGGGUGGCUGACUACGUCUAGUGUCAGCUAGAGGACACGACUGCCAGGCUGACACGACUGCCAGAGGACACCACUGCCAGUAGUUAAGGCAACACCACGUAAAUUAGCUGUGUUUGAGGGCGAAGAAAACUACGACCAUGGCUACGUUAUUUGAUCAGUAUGAAUCCCUCCAGUAUGGGGUGGGAGGUGGCUCAAGGCAGUCCAUACUUGGCACAACAACUUUCAAGAAUCAGAAGCUGGAGGAAGAAGCAGCAAUAUUUUUGAAAGAUCGCCAAGUGAACUUCUGCCCUCCACACCCCAUUACCCAUUUAGUUGUGUCCAACCAUCACCUAGUAUUGGCCAUGGCAAACAAGAAGCUAAUCCGAAUAAAUUUACUGCAACCAAACUCUGGUAAUUUAGAAGAUCAAGAAGUAGACAUAAGCAAAUUUGCAGUGCAAGCAAAGAUUCAUAACAUCUUCCUUGACCCAACAGGACAACAUCUGUUGAUCAGCAUUGUGAGUCGGGAUGGGACGACACCAGUAGACACACUCUACCUUCCUCAACGUGCUAACAAACCAAAGUCUACCAGCAAGUUGAAAGGUUAUCUUGUGACAGCUGUAGGGUGGAAUCAGAAAAACCAAUCGGACAACGUAACGGCUCCAAUUUUGGUCGGAACAGGAAGAGGAGUCAUUUUAGAAAUGGAAUUGACUUCUGACGAAAGACUAUUCCAGUCGAGCCAUGAAGACUAUUGCAAACAACUGUUUGACAUUGGGAAAGAUGCACCUGUUACAGUGACGGCACUAGAAUUUCGCAGCAGUCCAUCAGAUGAGUUCAAGUAUCUGGUAUUGUGUACUACUCCUGAUAAGCUGUAUCAGUUUUCUGGACGUGUCAAGUCUUUGGAUGAAAGGCCAAUGUGUGUGUCAAUUUUCAGUAACUAUUUGGGAUUGCCCCCAAGAUUUGUUGAAUUGCCUAGCAAGUGGAAAAUGUCUUGGCUUCAGCUCUAUCACCCUCCAAAUUCUUCAGUUCCUAAUCAUUUUGCCUGGCUUUCUGAGCAAGGAGUAUAUACUGGUGACAUUGUGUGGGGUGGAACACCUGAUGAUAUGACUGUUAAUAAAAAGCUCCACACGAACCCCGAGGGCAUUGAAAGUAGUGGCAUUCCCUGUGGUAUGAUUGUUUGUGAAUUCCAUGUUCUUAUUGUGUGGCCUGAUAAGAUACGUGGAUUGUGUAUUCUUAAUAAUCAAGUUGUGUUUGAAGGUACAGUUCCUGAAGAGUGUGGAAAGUUGAUUGGAAUAUCAAAAGAUGUAGUGAAAGGAACUAUUUGGGUUUAUGCAGAGAGAGGUGUUUUCAAGUAUAAGGUUGAUCGGGAAGGGCGGAAUGUGUGGAGAAUAUAUCUUGACCAAGGAAACUAUGAAUUGGCAAAGAAACAUUGUAAUUCAGAUCCUUCAUGUCUGUCCAUUGUGUUGUUGCAAGAGGCUCAAGACCUCUUUCAAAAGGAAGAUUACCUCCAGAGUGCUAUGCUCUUUGCUAAAACAUUAACUUCUUUUGAAGAAGUAAGUUUAAAGUUUGUUGAAGUGGAGGAGGAAGAGGCUCUAAAAAUUUAUUUGCAUGAAAAGUUGGAUGCCUUGAAGGUCAGUGAGCAAACUCAAAUUACCUUGGUUGUGAUGUGGUUAAUGGAGUUGUACCUCAAGCAGCUGGGGAACUUGCGGGAUGCAGGGAAACAGAACACCCAACAGUAUAAUAACUACAAUGAACAACUGAAAACCCUUCUUCGUGACCCAAAAGUGCGCCAGUGUGUAACAAACAGUGCUACAGCAAUAUACGAGUUGCUCUCUUCACACGAUGAUCAAGAUAAUUAUGUAAAUGUUUCUCUGAUGCUUAAGGACUAUGAUCGUGUGCUGCGUCAUCUUAUGCGCCAUGGACGCUACAUUGAAGCCCUGGAGGUAAUAUCCACCAGAGGGUCUGAACAAUUAUUUUAUCAACAUUUCCCUGCACUUAUGCAAGUAGUACCUGGAGCUGCAGUAGACACUUUGAUUUCACAGGGUAGAAGAAUAAAUCCUAUCAAGCUGCUUCCUAGCCUUGUUCAUUGUCAUACUUCACAUGGCAGUGGAUCAGAUAUUCUUCGCUAUUUAGAAUACUGUGUGGACAAGUUAGAAGUUACUGAUGAAGUGCUGCAUAAUUUCUUGAUAACUCUUUAUGCUACCGAAGCACCAGAGAAAUUAUUACCCUACUUUAAAUUGCAGGGAGAUGAUAGUCAAAGUGUCCAUUAUGAUGUAAAAUUUGCUCUUAGGGAAUGUAUGUCUAUUGGGGAAGAUAAAGCAUGUGUUCACAUCCUCACCACCAUGGGGCUUUAUCAGGAAGCAGUAGAAUUAGCACUGAGGCUAGAUUCAUCUUUAGCCAAGGCAACUGCAAAUCGGCCCAAAUAUGAUCAAGAUUUGAGGAAAAAGCUUUGGUUAAUGAUUGCAGCACAUGUGGUUCAGGAAGAGCAAAAUGUAUCACGUGCCAUGGAGGUUUUGAAGGAGUGCGAUCUAAUUAAAAUAGAAGACAUACUUCCUUUUUUCCCAGACUUUGUAACAAUUGACCAGUUUAAAGAUGCAAUAUGUUCUUCACUUCAGGAAUAUAACCAACACAUUGAGGAUCUUAAACAGGAAAUGGAUGAUGCAUCUAAAGCAGCAGAAAACAUUCGCAAAGAUAUUCAGAAGUUCAAGCAAAAAUUUUCCUAUGUUCAUGCUCAGGAUCGUUGCUGUGAAUGCAACUAUCCUCUGUUAACAAGACCAUUUUAUUUGUUUCCAUGUGCUCAUAAGUUCCAUCAGGAUUGUUUGUCAGAUUCAGUCAUGGGGUAUUUAAGUGAAGUAAAGCAAAAGAAAGUUUCAGAGUUGAAGGGUAAACUAUUAGCAAUAUCAAAUGAUGAAAGUGGAACAGGAGCAACAGGAUUAUGGAGUGAUAGGGAGCAAAUUAGGUCAGAAAUAGACAGCUUAGUGGCAGGGGAAUGCCUCUACUGUGGUGACAGUGUUGUUGCUAACAUUGACACUCCGUUCAUCAGUAAUCGAGACUGGGAUGCUCUCAUGACUGAAUGGCAGUAGAGAGAGAGAGAGUACCUUUCAUAAUAUACAAUUUAUUUGUCAAGUGAAGUAAGGAAUGGUUAAUUUUUAUAUUUAUAAUACAGUACAGUAUAUACAAUAUUUUCAAUUUGAGUGUCUAUAUCAAUUUUUUUUAAUUAAACAUUGUCAGUCAGUGCUAUCUUGUGCUAAUUUUAUGAAUUAAUGGGGAAUAUCCAAUACAGUAUUACAACAAAUUUGGUGUUGAUAUGUAUGUUAUGUUUUUAGCACUAAAAUUAAUUUUUUUCAUUUAAAACUGACUUUCAGAAUGUCCAUAAAUAAAAUUUACAGCAAUUA